AUGGCGUCAUCGCUGUCGCCGCAGCAGCGGGACGCCUACACCGGCAUCAUCGACCAGAUCGUCGCUGCGUCGGACCUCAAUACCGUCUCGGUCAACCAGAUCCGCGAGGGUCUCCAGGAAAGAGUCGAUCAUGACCUCGCGCCACAAAAGUCCCUCAUCACCAAGCUGAUCAAAGCCCGCUUCUUCGAACUCACACAAGGCGGAGAUGAAUCACCCGCUCCGGCAGCACCAGCAGAGGCGCCAACACCGGCAGUACCAGCGGUGCGAUCACAGCCCGCCACCAAUGGUGCCACGCCAAAUGGGCACCGAAACCUCGCCUUGCCCGCCAAACCCGCCUAUGUUGGCUUCCACAAGCGGAAAUCCAGCGAAGCCGAGGAGGAUGGAUUGAGCUCGGCCGUCGACGAGCCGGCGCCGAAGAAGGUGAAGAAGGCAGCCGUCAAGCCUGAGAUCGAAUCCGACGAGGUCAUGGCCGCGCGUUUGCAGGCGGAGCUCAACCAGACCGCGCGCGCGACGCGGGGAGGAGGAGUGACGAAGCGCAAGGCCCCCGCGAAAAAGGACAAAGUCGCCAAGAAGAAGAAGAGCUCGGCCAAGGUCAAGGCUGAAGACGACAGCGAUCUGGACAGCGCCGACGGUGAAAAGCCGGAGAAGGAGAAGAAGGGCGGAUUUCACAAACCCAUGGCGCUCUCCGAACCUCUCGCCGCCCUCCUUGGCGAAUCCGUCCUCUCCCGUCCCCAAUGCGUCAAGAAGAUCUGGCAAUACGUCAAGGAGCGCGAUCUGCAGGACCCGGCCGACAAGCGCCAGAUCCGCUGCGACGACCGCAUGCGCGCCGUCUUCAAGAGCGACCGCGUCCACAUGUUCACGAUGAACAAAGUCCUGGCCACGCAGCUCUACCCCUACGAAGAGGAGGAGGACGAUGCGACGGCGGCGGCGGCCGUCAACGGCGCGCACAUGCCGCCGCCGCAAGAGGGAGGAGGCUAUGGCGUCGAGGUGUGAACCGAUGCGGAGGAGGAAUUUCCCGCGAGAACGAGCCGGACCAGAGCGCAGGGGCCGAGAGACGAGAUCUGCGAUUUGGAUAUCGCUGGCGACGAGGCUGUGCCCUAUCGCGCCUCUCCAUUGCCAGCGCCCGCACGCCGUCUCGCCAGUCACGCAAAUCCCUGUUCCGGCCCGUCGUCCUCCGCGCUCGCGCUCCCUCGUCCCACGGCCGCCGACCCGGUCUGGUCUGGUCUGGUCUGAUCUGUGUUUUGAUUUGUUUUGAUUUAGCGAGGCGUUUAUCAUUGCUUGCUGCUAGCUCUGCUGCUACUGUUACUACCACUGCUUCCACUACCGAAUGAUGAAAAUGAGGUCCUUGGGGGGGGAAAGGGGGGGGGUGGCAAAAAAGCGGGAAAGAAUUCGAACGGGAAGAAGAAAAUCCUUGAUAUGAGCAAGAAGAAAGGAGGAGGAGGAUUUGACGAAGGAAACAGUGGGUUCUCCUUUUUUUUCUUUUUCACCC